GGGGAGGGGGAGGGAGGAGAGAGAGAGAGAGAGAGAGAGAGAGAGGGGAAGAGGUAGGUUGGGGGAAAUGGGCGGCGGCGUCGAUCACCACCACGGCGGCGCGCAUGGCGCGGAGGACUUCCGGACAAAGGUGUGGAGCAUGACGGGCGGACCCUACUGCCGCCCCAAACACUGGAAGCGCAACACCGCCAUCGCGAUGUUCGGCAUCUUCCUCGUCUGCAUCCCCAUCGCCAUGAAGUCCGCCGAGCUCGAGCAACGGCCUCAUCAUCCAGUUCGUCCAAUACCUUCACAGCUUUGGUGCAAGAACUUUGGCAACAAGGAGUAUUGAUGUGUUAGUAUGAUGCAACUGCUAUGGUUGGGCUGCUAUGCCCUUUUGUGUGAUCUUGGUAUUAUGUGCGCAUCUCCUUCUGGAAUAAGGAUGCAACUAUCCUACAUGGAUAUGUCUUUUUAUGCUUGUUUUGAACAUUUGGUGCCUGUGGUAUUUACUAGUUACAAAUGAAUAUGAAAGUUGGGCUUCUUUUGCAUGGAAAUAAAUGGAAGGGCAAUUCAUGCUGCUUUUGUUUGCACCAAAAAA